ACGCAGUACUCUCAGCUUUUUGGUUGAAGCCCCUCAUCUGCCUUCAGUGUGAAGGCAGGGCCCAGCGGAGGACGGAUCGGAAGGUCCCUACGGGUGGGGCCCGUCCGAGAAGAAGAGACGGGCGAGGGGCAAGAAGGAAGCAAACAUCAAAUUUAAAAGAAAAAGCCCUUUGACUUUUCCCCCUUUCCCUCUCCAAUGGCUGUGUAGCAUACUUCGCCAGCGAUACCGUGGAAGGGACGAAGUUGAUCUGCAAUUACAAUUGGGUCGAGUUCACAGUUGUGAGCACGGGGUUCGGAGAUGGAGCGGUGGUCCUCUAGGUGGAAGACGAAGCGAUGGUUCUGGGAUUUCACCAUAACAACCCUCUCAUUGACUUUCCUCUUCCAGAUUAGAGAGGUCAGAGGAGCCGCUCCAGUUGAUGUACUAAAAGCACUAGAUUUUCACAAUUCUCCAGAGGGAAUAUCAAAAACAACGGGGUUUUGCUCAAACAGAAAGAAUUCAAAAGGCUCAGACAUUGCUUACAGAGUCUCAAAGCAAGCACAACUCAGUGCCCCAACAAAGCAGUUAUUUCCAGGUGGACCUUUUCCAGAAGAUUUUUCAAUAUUAUUCACAGUAAAACCCAAAAAGGGCAUUCAGUCCUUUCUUUUAUCUAUAUAUAAUGAACAUGGUAUUCAGCAAAUUGGUGUUGAGGUUGGGAGAUCACCUGUUUUCCUGUUUGAAGACCACAAUGGAAAACCUGCCCCAGAAGACUAUCCCCUUUUCAGAACUGUUAACAUCGCAGAUGGGAAGUGGCAUCGGGUAGCAAUCAGCGUAGAGAAGAAAACUGUGACAAUGAUUGUUGAUUGUAAGAAGAAAACCACAAAACCACUUGAUAGAAGUGAGAGAGCAAUUGUUGACACCAAUGGAAUCACGGUUUUUGGAACAAGGAUAUUGGAUGAAGAAGUUUUUGAGGGGGACAUCCAGCAACUGUUGAUUACAGGUGACCCCAAAGCAGCAUAUGACUACUGUGAGCAUUACAGUCCAGACUGUGACUCUUCAUCGCCCAAGUCUGCACAAGCUCAGGAACCUCAGGUAGAUGAGAAAAAGAAAUCAAAUUUCAAAAAGAAGACAAGGACAAUGGCCACUAAGUCAAAGGAAAAGUCCAAAAAGUUUACACCCCCCAAAUCUGAAAAAUUUGCAUCCAAGAAGAAGAAAAGUUAUCAAGCAACAGCAAAAGCCAAACUAGGGGUAAAGGCAAAUAUCAUUGACGAUUUUCAAGAAUACAACUAUGGAACAAUGGAGAGUUACCAGACAGAAGCUCCUAGGCGUGUAUCCGGUACAAAUGAGCCAUAUCCAGUUGAAGAUGUAUUUACUGAAGAAUAUCUUACUGGAGAGGAUUAUGAUUCCCAGAGGAAAAAUUCUGAGGAUACACUAUAUGAAAAUAAAGGAAUAGACGGCAGGGAUUCUGAUCUUCUGGUAGAUGGAGAUUUAGGCGAAUAUGAUUUCUAUGAAUAUAAAGAAUACGAAGAUAAACCAACAAGCCCCACUAUUGAAGAAUUUGGUCCAGGUGUGCCAGCAGAAACUGAUAUCACAGAAACGAGUAUAAAUGGACAUGGAGCAUAUGGAGAAAAGGGGCAGAAGGGAGAACCAGCAGUAGUUGAACCUGGUAUGCUUAUCGAAGGACCACCAGGACCAUCAGGACCUGUGGGUCUCAUGGGUCCUCCCGGACUACAAGGCCCCACUGGACCCCCUGGUGACCCAGGUGACAGGGGCCCACCAGGACGCCCUGGCUUACCAGGAGCUGAUGGUCUUCCUGGUCCUCCUGGUACCAUGUUAAUGUUACCUUUUCGCUAUGGUGGGGAUAGCUCCAAAGGGCCAGUUGUCUCUGCUCAAGAAGCUCAAGCUCAGGCAAUUCUUCAGCAAGCUCGGAUUGCUCUGAGAGGUCCACCUGGCCCAAUGGGUCUAACUGGAAGACCGGGUCCUGUGGGAGGACCUGGUUCUUCUGGGGCCAAAGGUGAGAGUGGUGAUCCAGGCCCACAGGGCCCUAGAGGUGUCCAAGGCCCCCCUGGUCCAACAGGAAAAGCAGGGAAAAGGGGUCGCCCAGGUGCUGAUGGAGGAAGAGGAAUGCCAGGAGAACCUGGGGCAAAGGGAGAUCGAGGAUUCGAUGGACUUCCUGGUCUUCCAGGUGACAAAGGUCACAGGGGUGAACGAGGUCCUCAAGGUCCUCCUGGUGCUCCUGGAGAAGAUGGAAUGAGGGGAGAAGAUGGAGAAAUAGGACCAAGGGGUCUCCCCGGUGAAGCUGGUCCACGAGGAUUGUUGGGACCCAGGGGUACCCCAGGACCAACAGGGCAUCCUGGCAUUGCAGGUAUAGAUGGUCCCCAAGGCCCAAAAGGGAAUAUGGGUCCCCAAGGAGAACCUGGUCCACCAGGUCAGCAGGGAAAUCCAGGACCUCAAGGUCUUCCUGGUCCACAAGGCCCAAUUGGUCCUCCUGGUGAAAAAGGUCCACAAGGAAAACCAGGGCUUGCUGGACUCUCUGGUGCUGAUGGGCCUCCGGGUCAUCCUGGAAAAGAAGGCCAGUCUGGAGAUAAGGGUGCUCUGGGCCCUCCUGGUCCACAAGGCCCUAUUGGUUACCCUGGUCCUCGAGGAGUAAAGGGAGCAGAUGGUGUCAGAGGUCUCAAAGGCUCUAAAGGUGAAAAGGGUGAAGACGGUUUUCCAGGAUUCAAAGGUGAUAUGGGUCUUAAAGGAGACAGAGGAGAAGUUGGUCAAUUAGGUCCGAGGGGAGAAGAUGGUCCUGAAGGUCCCAAAGGUCGAGCAGGUCCAACUGGAGACCCUGGUCCUUCUGGUCAAGCAGGAGAGAAGGGAAAACUUGGUGUUCCAGGUCUACCAGGAUAUCCAGGAAGACAAGGCCCAAAGGGUUCCACUGGAUUUCCUGGGUUCCCAGGUGCUAAUGGAGAGAAAGGUGCCAGGGGUGUAGCUGGCAAACCAGGCCCCCGGGGUCAGCGUGGUCCAACGGGCCCCCGAGGUUCAAGAGGUGCAAGAGGUCCCACUGGUAAACCUGGUCCAAAGGGUACCUCAGGUGGUGAUGGUCCCCCUGGACCUCCUGGUGAAAGAGGACCUCAAGGACCACAGGGUCCAGUUGGAUUCCCUGGGCCAAAAGGUCCUCCGGGGCCACCUGGGAAGGAUGGACUGCCCGGACACCCUGGACAACGUGGAGAGACUGGAUUUCAAGGAAAGACGGGCCCUCCUGGACCAGGCGGUGUUGUUGGGCCACAGGGUCCUACUGGUGAGACUGGUCCAAUAGGUGAACGUGGGCAUCCUGGCCCUCCUGGUCCUCCUGGUGAGCAAGGUCUUCCUGGUGCAGCAGGAAAAGAAGGUGCAAAGGGUGAUCCAGGUCCUCAAGGUAUCUCAGGGAAAGAUGGACCAGCAGGACUACGGGGUUUCCCAGGUGAACGAGGUCUUCCUGGAGCUCAGGGUGCAGCUGGUCUGAAAGGAGGGGAAGGUCCCCAGGGUCCACCUGGUCCAGUUGGCUCACCAGGAGAACGUGGUUCAGCAGGUACCGCUGGCUCAAUUGGUUUGCCGGGGCGUCCAGGACCUCAGGGUCCUCCUGGUCCAGCUGGAGAAAAAGGAGCUCCUGGAGAAAAAGGUCCCCAAGGCCCAGCAGGGAGAGAUGGUGUGCAAGGCCCUGUGGGCCUCCCUGGGCCUGCUGGGCCUGCUGGAUCCCCUGGAGAAGAUGGGGAUAAGGGUGAAAUUGGUGAACCAGGGCAAAAAGGCAGCAAGGGUGACAAAGGAGAAAAUGGUCCUCCUGGUCCCCCAGGUCUACAAGGCCCUGUCGGUGCUCCUGGAAUUUCUGGUGGUGAUGGUGAGCCAGGUCCUAGGGGACAACAGGGAAUGUUUGGGCAAAAAGGUGAUGAAGGUGCAAGAGGUUUCCCUGGACCACCUGGCCCCAUCGGUCUUCAGGGUCUGCCAGGCCCACCUGGUGAAAAAGGUGAAAAUGGGGAUGUCGGACCUAUGGGUCCACCUGGCCCUCCAGGCCCAAGAGGUCCUCAGGGUCCCAAUGGAGCUGAUGGACCACAAGGACCUUCAGGAUCCAUUGGUUCAGUUGGUGGUGUUGGAGAAAAGGGUGAACCUGGAGAAGCAGGAAACCCAGGGCCUCCAGGUGAAGCAGGCUCAGGUGGCCCCAAAGGAGAAAGAGGGGAGAAAGGAGAAGCUGGUCCUCCUGGUGCUGCUGGACCUCCUGGUGCUAAGGGACCACCAGGUGAUGAUGGUCCGAAGGGUAACCCGGGUCCUGUAGGUUUUCCUGGAGAUCCUGGCCCACCUGGGGAACCUGGCCCUGGGGGUCAAGAUGGUGUAGGUGGUGACAAGGGUGAAGAUGGAGAUCCUGGCCAACCAGGUCCCCCUGGUCCAUCUGGUGAGGCUGGUCCACCAGGUCCUCCUGGGAAAAGAGGUCCACCUGGAGCUACAGGAUCAGAGGGAAGACAAGGUGAAAAAGGUGCUAAGGGAGAAGCAGGUGCUGAAGGUCCUUCUGGGAAAACUGGCCCAGUUGGUCCUCAGGGACCUGCUGGAAAGCCUGGUCCCGAAGGCCUACGUGGUAUUCCUGGCCCUGUAGGAGAACAAGGUCUUCCUGGAGCUGCAGGUCAAGAUGGGCCACCUGGGCCUAUGGGACCUCCUGGUUUACCUGGUCUCAAAGGUGAUCCCGGGUCAAAGGGUGAGAAGGGACAUCCUGGUUUAAUUGGCCUGAUUGGACCUCCAGGAGAACAAGGUGAAAAGGGUGACAGAGGGCUCCCUGGAACUCAAGGAUCACCAGGAGCAAAGGGAGAUGGAGGAAUCCCUGGACCUGCUGGUCCCUUAGGUCCACCUGGACCUCCUGGCUUACCUGGUCCUCAAGGUCCAAAGGGAAACAAAGGCUCUACUGGACCUGCUGGGCAGAAAGGUGAAGGUGGUCUUCCAGGGCCUCCUGGACCUCCAGGUCCACCUGGUGAAGUCAUUCAGCCUUUACCAAUCUUGUCAUCCAAAAAAACAAGAAGGCAUACUGAAAACAUGCAAGCAGAUGCAGGUGAUAAUAUUCUUGACUAUUCAGAUGGAAUGGAGGAAAUAUUUGGUUCACUCAAUUCUCUCAAACAAGAUAUUGAACAUAUGAAAUUUCCAAUGGGUACUCAGACCAAUCCAGCCCGAACUUGCAAAGAUCUACAACUCAGCCAUCCUGACUUCCCAGAUGGUGAAUAUUGGAUUGAUCCUAACCAAGGUUGUUCAGGAGAUUCCUUCAAAGUUUACUGUAAUUUCACAUCUGGUGGGGAGACUUGCAUCUAUCCAGACAAAAAAUCAGAGGGAGUAAGAAUUUCAUCAUGGCCAAAGGAAAAACCAGGAAGCUGGUUUAGUGAAUUCAAGAGAGGAAAACUGCUUUCAUAUUUAGAUGUUGAAGGCAAUUCCAUUAAUAUGGUGCAAAUGACAUUCCUGAAACUGCUGACUGCCACCGCUCGACAGAAUUUCACCUACAAUUGCCAUCAGUCAGCAGCCUGGUAUGAUGUGUCCUCUGGAAGUUAUAACAAAGCACUUCGGUUCCUGGGAUCAAAUGAUGAGGAGCUGUCCUAUGACAAUAAUCCUUACAUUAAAUCACUCUAUGAUGGAUGCGCGUCCAGAAAAGGCUAUGAAAAGACUGUCAUUGAAAUCAAUACACCAAAAAUUAAUCAAGUACCUAUUGUUGAUGUAAUGAUCAAUGACUUUGGUGAUCAGAAUCAGAAGUUUGGAUUUGAAGUUGGUCCUGUUUGUUUUCUUGGCUGAUAGUAGCACAAAGAACAUAUAAAACCAACAGAAAUUUACCUUGGUGUCACCAAACAAGCCAUUUUAUGCCACAUGCAAGUUUUGAGUAAGGAUGAUAUAGACAACAGCUUGCUACAUAAAUGUGUACCAUUUAGGAAAUAUUAAUGCCCUUGUGAGGGCAGAACCACAUGACAAAAGCAUUGAAACUCAUCAAGGUAUAAGAUAACGUGGCUGAGAUGGAAAACAGGGCUGCUUCUUGAUUCCCUAAUUCUUGUUUCUCCUUUUCCUAUUUGGAUUUCUUUGGUGCUGUAGAAAACAAAAAGAGAGAAAAAUAUAUAUUCAUAAAAGAUAUGGUGCUCAUUUUCAUCCAUCAAGGAUGUACUAAAAAAAGUGUGUUUAAUAAAAUGUAAUUAUUUUAUGUACAGGUCUAUACUGUUAUCUAUGUGUCCAUUUCCAAAACUUGCACAUGUCUCUGAAUUUCAUCUGACUCUAAUUUUGUGACAAUUACAUAAUAUGAUGGCAAUAAAUAUAUGUAUUAUGAAAAAAUAAAGUUGUAAUUUCUGUGACUCUAAUUCCCUUUUUUUUUAUUAAUAAUAAAAUGCCUUUGUAUAUAUUGAUGUUGAAGAGUUCAAUUAUUUGAAGCCGCCAACAAAAAUCUCAGAGGGCAAAAACCUGGAAGACUUUUGGAGGCAUACUCAGAUCAUCUCUCCUCUGUUGACAGCAACUUUUGCUGAAUUACAGCCAAAAAUAUCAUGUGUUUCAAUGUUUUCUUUAAUGCUAUAUCUCAGACAUGUUUUUCCUCAGAAUCCAGGAUUUCAUAGGAUAACUGUAUGUACAGAAAAUAAGCAAUUUUAUAUUUUUGGAAAGGAAAAUGUGUAUGAGAAGCUAUUUUAACAAAUUGAUGCCUCCAUCAAGCAAUCAGAUGUAUAAUAUUUUUUUCUUUACCUUAUCUCAUCUCAUUUUGUUUGGCAUGCUUCUACGAUACAGACUGAUUUAAAAAUGGAAAUGAAACAAUUAUUUAUGAAUUUGUGCAAUGUUAGAUUUUUAAUCAACCAAUUUCUGGAAUUUGAUUCUAAAUUGCAUACAAUAAUAAUCUCAAUAUUACUUUAACUGCCCAACACAUAUUUCUUUCUUUUCAAAAUAAUUUCAUGCAUUAUUUGACAUAUUUAAAUUCUAAAUAACAUGUGGGUGGCCUGUUACUAACAGUGCUUAUUUUAAAAGUCAUACUUAAUCAAGACUAUCAAAACAUUUUUUUUUUUUUUACUUAGGUGUUUUUCUUUCAGGUAGCUUGAUAUAGGAGUAAAAUUUUACAAUUACAAACUGAACAUUGUAUCUAUAUUAAAUAAUAUAUGUAAGACUUGAAAAUAAAUGUGUUUUAUUAUUUCUUAUAUAAAAUGUUAAAUUAAUUGAUACCAGAUUCCACUGGAACAUUUUCAACUGAUAAGUUAUCAUGAAAGUGAAUUCCUGUAAUAUUUACAUUAAAAAGUGAACAUUUGUCAUUCAGAAUAUCUUUUAUUUUUAAAUCAAAUUUGUAAAUGUCCUUUCAAGAAGGGAGCUACAAAUCCUAUAAAUAAACUCAAGUCUUGUCUACCUGGA